AUGCUACUGGAUGGUAUGGUCGGACAAAAUCGAGACUACAGUUCCAACGUGGCGGAUCUAGCCAGCAUCAACGAAAUUCCGGGAAACAUGCCUGCUCCCAAAGACUCAAAGAAACAGGAUCUGAAUGGUCAAACGGGCGCCAGUGGCAAUAUCCCUCCCCCCAAGACAGACAAGCCUCGGCCCCAUGUUUGCACCACUUGCACUCGCUCCUUCGCGCGAUUGGAGCACCUUAAGCGCCAUGAACGAUCGCACACCAAGGAGAAGCCAUUUGAAUGUCCGGAUUGCGCAAGAUGCUUCGCUCGCCGUGAUCUGCUUCUGAGACAUCAGCAGAAGCUUCACAUGACCACGACGCCGUCUUCUCGACCGAGAAACGGCCGCCGUGAGAGCACCGGUGCUGCCCCGGGAGUUAACCGCGUUCGCAAGAAUUCUAUUGCCAACAAUUCAUCGGCAUCGGUGCGCCCAAGGGCGAAUACCAUUAGCCAUAUUGACGGGGCCGCCCUCGGUAUCCCGGGUGCUGGUAACCCGUCCUCGGCCCCUCAAUCAGGACACUCAUAUCACCCUAGCCUUAGUUCUUCAAUCGGCUCAAGCUUGGAUUACAGGGGAUUUAGCUCUGGACACCCUCCCGUGAACGGACUAUCGAAGUUGGAAACCUCCGGACUUCCCAUGGACAUGUCUGGGUCACUCCGGACUGCCCCGGUGUACGGGAGUUUCGAUACGGGUAUAGAUGGUAUGCUCAUGGGCCAUGGAAGCACCAUCAACCCGGCACAAUUACAUUUCGCAGGCUCCCCACAAGGCUUCGGCGACUCCCCCUCGUCUCCAUUUGGUCACUACCAAAAUGGGUUACCCCCUUCCGUGGACCCCAUGAUGGAUGAGGAGAUGAACUUCGAUUGGAUGAAUGGGUUUGAUGCUGCGGUGGGGAUGGGUAAUGGCAAUGACUCAGUCGUCGAUGAGUCUUCACCAUCAGCGAUGAGUACGGGCAGCCAGAGCGGUAUCAGCGAGGCCAUGCUCGAUGGUCCAAAUCGCAUUCCCAUCUCCAAUGGCUGGCACAACCCGUUCCCCGCCCACCACGCCGCAAACCAGUUCGCGAUCGAUUUCUCCCCGACGACAUUGAAUGAUUUGGGCAUUCCCCCUGAAACCGUGUCACCCAAGUCUUUAAUGGCCCAGAAUCCGUUUACCGAGACGUAUGCCACCCCACCGUCUAUGACCUCGGUCGGCCAACCCAUCAUGGAAGGGCAUUCCCAGAGUAUGUUUCCAUCCUCUCUGGCAACCAACGGAGAAUCUCCUAAUCCUCUCAACGUUUCUUUCACGAAUAGUGCCCUACGAACUCAACUAUCUUCAGUCUCAACGGAUACAUUUACAGAAUCCACACGACAGGCUCUACUAGCGAGCAUGUCGAUCCCCACUGGCUUCAAUCAUCGCAAGUAUUCCCAGCCCGCAAGUGGACUUUCAAACAGCCGCGAUCUGUUUGCCCGCUCGACUGGCUUCAACAGCUCCGGUCAACUGCCCAGCACUUCGGACUUGCAGCGAUACAUCUCGGCCUAUAUCACCUAUUUCCACCCUCACGUCCCAUUUCUUCAUAUCCCGACCCUUAACUUCCAAGCCCCCGAAUACACGAACAACUUGCGCACCCCGAGCGGCCACCUCAAUCUCAGUUCAACCGGUGUUUCUGGCGGUGGAGGCUGCCUGAUUCUCUCCAUGGCCGCCAUCGGAGCCCUGUACGAAUAUGACACCGCAGCGUCCAAGGACCUCUUCGAAGCCGCGAAAAAGAUGAUACAAUUGUAUCUCGAAGAGCGACGAAAAGCCGACAUGUCUGCUGCUCUCAACCGAUCCCAAUCCCCCCGCGAUAACUCCGUACACAACACCCCACUCUGGCUCGUACAGGCGAUGCUCUUGAAUGUGAUAUAUGGCCACACAUGUGGUGACAAGACAUCUGCAGAUAUUGCCAGCACCCACUGUGCGGCUUUGGUCAGCCUAGCCCGAGCAGCCGAAUUAACUCAGCAUCUGGAUCCUAAGAAUUUGCCCCAAGACCACCUCAGCAAUGGUCUCAACGCAAGCAAUUUCUCCGGUGAUACCGACAAUUGGAUGUCUUCCUCUUUCAGCCAGCCCAAAGAACGGCGGGACUGGCUGAACUGGAAGGUUGUGGAAGAGCGAAAACGUACUCUCUAUGCCAUAUUCGAUCUUUCUAGCUUCCUUGUUUCAGCUUACAAUCACGCGCCUGCACUUACGAACUCUGAAAUCCGUCUCGAUUUACCCUGCGAGGAGGAUCUCUGGGCAGCAGAGUCGCCCCAAGCUUGGAAGCAGAUGGGCGGCCAAACUGCCUCAGACAAGACAUUGUCGUUCUCAGCUGCCUUGACGUCUCUCCUGACCGCCAGCCAACGCGAGCAAAGCCAAUCAUCGAACCUAUUCUAUAACUCAGAUGACCUGUCCAACUCAGAAAACCGACCAAGUACCUUCGGCUGUCUGGUACUCAUUUACUCGCUGCACAACUAUAUAUGGGAAACACGACAGAGACAUAUGGGUCGCCAAUGGACUGCCCAAGAAACCGACGCCAUGCAAGCACAUAUUGAGCCUGCUCUUCGGGCUUGGCAAGCAGCGUGGGCAAGCAAUCCAGUCCACAGCCUUGAACGGCCGAAUCCGUUCGGUGCCGGACCAUUGUCUGCAGAUAGCAUUCCUCUGCUCGAUCUCGCUUAUGUUCGUCUAUUCGUCAACCUUGGACGCUGCAAAGAAGCGUUUUGGCAGCGAGAUUGGAACGGCAUGGCAGAUGAGCUUGCACGUGGUACUGAGAUUUUCCAACAACAGGACGCUACCAUCGAUGACGUAGUGGACCCUUCUCUCACCGGUGCGCUUGAUUCCAGGCGCGACUCUAUCGUCGACCUGGGAGUCUCUGAUAUCGCUAUCUCCAAGACGCCUACGCAAGAUGAACCCUUGCAGAACCUGUCUCAGAUGCACAAAGCCGGCCAGACAAAACGAGAAAAGCACCUGCGGAAAGCGGCCUUCUACGCUGCCGAUUCCAUCUCCAUGUCGGAUCGGUUGGGAAAUACCUUCGCCGAGUUCUCGUCGCGUGAAUUGCCCAUUCAAUGUGCUAUGUGCGCUUUCGAUUGCGCGCAGGUUCUAGCGGAAUGGAUCACUACCGUCCAAGAGCGCGUCGGUCCGUACCUCGGUGUUCUAGGCCGUGAUGAUGCAGAUUUGACCGGAGUCCCAGGGGUCAUGCUACUUGAGGACGAAGACUGCAAGCUGGUGGACAAGAUCAAGGAAAUCUUGAACAGUAUUGAGAGCAAGAUGCAGCGCCAAGUGCAAAACAGCAACUCCAUGUCUGCAUUGAGUGUCAUGCAACGAUUACCCAGUGUUGUGGAAGGUGGAUACGGAUGUAAAAUAUUGAUUGCGACAGCCAGUCUCCUGGAUCGAGCUGCUGUCUGGCCAGUGACGAAACUGAUGGCCCGUUCCCUCGAAGCCCAAGCCAUGCGAAUGAAGGAGCGUACCGAGCAUUCCCUUCUUAUGACCACUUAA